GUCAAACUCACAUCUUCUCAAGUCAGUCGCGUUCGUCGCAGCAUCCUGACCACCGGCCUUGUGCGUUUAUUGUGCACCUCAAAGAAGUACAUCUUAAUAUAAAAGUACAAAAUGCGCCUUUUGAAUGUCUUCCUCACCCUUUUACUGGGGACCGCAUCAACCCUUGCCGACCACUUCAGCCCUUCCGAGCCCCCUCGACCCAUCUACAUGGCACCACCCUCCACUUCAGAGCACCCUGGCGCCCUCUACUUGGCCGCCCUGGUCAACCAACUGAGCACCGAACGCUAUAACAAGUACCGCAUCGAAGGUCCCACCCCUGUCCCUGAGACCCAUCACAACUCGCCCAGCACCCAGUACACGCCAGGGUCCUUCAUGGGCGCCCUCGAGUCCUUCUACAACGAGGCGUCUGAAAAUUAUCUGCAGAAGCCACCUGAGAGCAGCACCUAUUCUUCUUCUUACCCUUCCAACAACAAGUACCCUGUGCCCUCGGAGGACAACAACCUGUACUACUGGCACCAACCUGGCGAGGACGAGUCGAGCACCAACAUGGCCGACGACAUGGACUCGGAAAUGGGACAUGUCAAGGGCAACGAGGUCGCCGUGACCGCCAACCCGCUCUUCGCAGCCAUGGCCAGUUUCAUCGGAUUGUCGACCCUUUUCGCCGCCUCAGUAAUUCUCUUCCCCAAAUUCGGGGGCAGAAGUCUGCAAGCGGGGCCAGAGGAGGAGGAGGAGCGUGACUGGGCCAAGCAGAUCAUCCGCACCCUGGAGAAAAUGCAAGACAAAAAGAAGCAGUGAUUGCAAAAGAACUAUUAUAUAUGAAACUCAUUGUGUGUCUGACUGACUGACUAGCCUUUAUUUGUGGUAAACACGUACGAAUUUUCAAUUAAAUUUAAGUAUAGCCAAAGUCUGGAUUUUCUUAUAAAGCUUUUUGUACAAAAGGAAUGGAGAGCGUAGCUACGGGCAAAUGUGAGAUAAAAAAAGUUUGGGUCACAUUUUUCAUUUAAAUGUUUUUGAGAAUUUAAUGGUUUUAAAAUUUUUGGCCUGGAAAUAUCCUGGCAUUAAAAUUUUGAACAAACAAAUUGGUUUCGGUAACAAUUUCAGCUGCUUAUGCUGAUGAUUGGGAUAAUUAUAUUAUGUACAUUAAAGGGUGAUUUUCUCUCUGUAUAUUCAUACCAAUAUGUUAAGUUUUAA